UUACGCAUCACUGCCUUCUCAUUGGAACCCGUCCCGGAGCAGCACCAUGCUGCGUGGCGCCUUACUGUAACGAAAACAGCUAGGAAACCCCUUUGAAAACACUUUUCUCUCACGUAAGCCUAGAUAGAAGAGUACACAGCGGCCGUGUGGAGCACCUUGGUCAUGGGCGCGCACGAGCGGAGCUCCGCGCGUCUCGGCUCGGUCGUGUCACUGUGCGGGUGUUUGGCCUUGCUGUGCUGGGUGACAGUGCCCCGGGUCGAGGCUGGCUGCCGGCAGAGGGAAAGCCCAAACUGCUGCACCGGUCGGAACAACGACUGCUUGGAGUACACGCGGAGGAAGACGGUGUGCUACUGCGACACGUACUGUCAGAAGACCGGAGACUGCUGUGACGACUACCAGAGCGUGUGCCAAAUAUCCGCAGCCAUCGACUGUGUGGUGGGUUCAUGGGGCCCCUGGUCAUCAUGCACCACUCCAUGCGGGGUGGGCAGCACCGAAAGGAGUCGGCAAGUGUCUGUCCCUCCUCGAAACGGGGGGACUCCUUGCCCGGACCUUAAACAGCGCCGCGGGUGCUUCGGAAACAACAAAAUAUGCAGUUCGGCGAAAGAGGUGGCAAAGAUUCUUCCGGAUUCCUUCCAGAGGAACUUUAAGGACCCUUGGAGGAGGCCUCACAUGCUAAUAAAGGAAGAGAAGGCCAGCUACUGCGUCUAUUUGAGGGUGAAACAAAUAAGCGCGGCCUGCAAACUGAAACUGUGGAGUGCCCAGCUGGUGAGAGAAAGGCUGGUGUGCGCUGAGUGCCAGAGUGAUGCCAUGUCUAAGUCGGACCGAUGCGGAGGAGAUGGCUUAGAGGGCACCAGAACCUUCUGGUCGGCAGCUUCGGGCGUAGGCUGCCAUGGAACGUGGGUGCGAGAGUCGUCGUCCAAAAGCUGCCGGUGUCCCCCUUACUCUGUCCUCUUUGUGUGAGCGGUCGCGUGUCCGUCACACGUCCACGUCGGAGGACGGCAUCGUCCUCAACAGCUCCCGCGGAGGUGCGUGGAGCCCUGCCAGUCGAGCCCUAGGAUUCAGAAUUCCUGGAUGGGUUUACUCAAGGAGAUCAGCAUCAUCCUGCCACUUAUAUUUUUAUCCUCCACUUCAUACUUUGUACUGUAUUACUUACUACGCACGCAGCUAACCUUGCAAAUAACUUCAAAUUUUUACUGUCACCUUGUUAAACAUUUUCUCCUCCAAAGCACUGCAAGCUCCAUAUGUAUUUUUACCUCUUUGCUAUCUACCUCCAUAAAUGCAAGUGUGUUUUGAUAAAGCGUCACGUAUAAAUGUGUAAAAAAAAAAAAAAAGAAACAACAAUAUUUAGCUUUAUACAUUUUCUACUAUUGAUUACCAUGUAAUAUAGCACGUCUUUGUAUCACAAUACUUUUUUAACGCAAACCAGGAUUGGCCGAACUUCAUUCAAGCCUCAAUUCAAAUGCUCCUAAAUGUCCCCAGUGAGUUUGAGAGUCUGCAAACUGUAUUUUUCUGGUCCAUGUCAGUACAGUGGAACCUCUAAAGUAAUACAACACCAAGUCACCGCGUAUUAUCAUUGGUCGUUGUCAUGGGUGAGUACAGCUUUGAAUUUCUUUUUUCAUGUGUGCUCAUUAAUUCGUUCCUUUUACAGUACAAUUGUGCCUUGAGGUUCCAGUUUUUUUAUCUAGCAGAGCUUGAUGUCUGUAUUAGACUGCCCCCAAGUGGCUAUGAUUAGCACACCAGAAGGAUAAGCACAAUGUCAAUUUAAUUAAUGCAGAUUUUAAAAAUGACUUAAAAUCUUUUAAACAUUUGUGCAUAAUGUUUAUAUUUGUCAUUACAUUGUAGAGCAUUACUUUGUGUUGGUUUAAUGUUUUUUUUUAUCCAUUUCAAUGAAAAAUGAUUUGGUAUGAGCACGUUGUCAGGGAAUGAAAUAACCUUGUGUUUCAAGGCAACACUAAAUGUGAUUGUAAUUAGUCACAUAAGUAGAAAAAUGUAACAUAAAGUAAGAUACUUUACAUUUAUACUCCACUUUAAAGCAGAUAUACUGUAUUUUACAUGUAAAAUUGUGACCCCUGCUGUUGUAAUACGGUACUAUAAUUUUACCUCCUCAUG